AAACAAGCCUGGAUGGAAAAUCUAACCAUGGUGACUGAGUUCAUUCUUGAAGGGUUUUCUAAUGAUCCAAAACUGCAGAGUCUCCUUUUUGUCAUAUUUUUUGUUAUUUAUUUUAUUACUCUUGUUGCAAAUAUUACUAUUAUUCUGGUUACUGGAACAGACUCUCACCUUAACACCCCAAUGUAUUUCUUCCUUUAUCACUUAUCCUUGGUCGAUAUCUGCUAUUCCUCAGUCUCAGUCCCAAAGAUGUUGCAGUCUUUUCUUGCUGACCAGAGGACCAUCUCUAUCAGUGGAUGCAUUGCUCAGGUGUUCUUCAUCAUGAUGUUUGCAUGCACAGAAAUCUUAAUCUUAUCCGCUAUGGCCUACGACCGAUAUGCAGCUGUAUGCCUCCCACUACGUUACCUAGAAAUCAUGAACAAACAAAUGUGCAACCAGAUGGUAGGGGGGGCCUGGGUGGUUGGCUUUUUCCAUGCUCUAAUUAAUACUCUUCCCAUAUUAACUCUGCAUUUCUGUGGGCCCAGAGUUGUGAAAAACUUCAGUUGUGAACUGCCUCCACUUUUGAUUUUAUCAUGUUCUGAUAUCUUGGCAAACCAAGCUGUGCUGUUGGUUUCCCUGGUAAUGUUUUUCAUGAGCGCCUCAGUCCUCACCUUGGUGUCCUAUGUUCAGAUCAUCUCUGCCAUCCUCAAAAUGCCAUCCAUGGAGGACAGAAGCAAAGCUUUCUCCACUUGCAGUUCACACCUUUUUGUUGUUGGCUUGUUUUAUGUGUCAGGCUUUUUUAGGUACAUGAAACCUACUUCAGGUUCAUCAUCAGAGUUGGAUGUAGUUGUCUCCAUCCAGUAUAGCAUUUUAACUCCUAUGUUAAAUCCCAUCAUUUACAGUUUGAAAAAUAAGGACAUGAAAAUGGCCAUGAGGAAAAUAAUGCAAAGGUUCAAAAUCUGA